ACCUGCGCAUGCCGCAUGCGUGUAAGAUGGACGGGAAAAUGGCGGAAGGCGACUCGGUCAAAGUGAAGCUACAGCGAAACCUGGCCGAUUUCAGCAUCUUGACGAGGAAAUUGCUGGAGGGAGUGGCGGGAGACACACCCAUUCGACCUAUGACCUCUUUGGCUGGAAGUGACCAGACUUUUACGACUGUCAUAGACCAGCUAAUAGAGAGAGACCGAGAUAUUCAGCAGCUUGUGGAGAAAGCCCUAGAGAUGAGGUUGAGGCAGGCAGAGCUGGAGCGAGUAGAGGGGCAGCUGGAAAAGAGAAACCAGGACAUUGGAGAGCUGCAGGCGAGACUACAAGACGCUGAAAAACUGCUUGUGAGAUUGUGCACCAUUCAGCCAUUGUAGGUCCCAGCAUGUGUAACUAUAGGGAAGAGGUUAGUUCUUAGCAAUGAUUAUGAAUUCUAGAAGCUUCUGCCCUUCUGUCCAUCAAUCGGAUAAGAUGACCAGAUGAUG